AGGAAGCCAUACGGGCUGCGACUAUCUAGGGGUCCCCAGCGGUCCCUUAUCUAAAUUUGAAAAUAACCGUCCAAAUUCAAAGAACACUACUCAGAAAUGAUGUGGUAUGGAUGUGUUCAAAAUCUAGUUCAGCUGUCACAAUUUUCUUGUUUCAAAUUAUCAGCAUCAGAUUCUAUGGGCGGCUUGCUGAGUGCCUUAGAAAUGCACAGCAAAAGACUUUCAUCCACCUUUCUGUGAUUGUGAUCCUUUUAUACAAAGUUUGUUUUUUGGCCUAUCUUUGAUCAGCCAUCAAUUUCAUAAAGGUGAAAGUUUAAUUCCGUAAUCAGAGGCCAUGAGACAACGUUCUAGACUUUGUCUGCAAUUUCCUACACUACGCAUACCCACAGUAAGAUUGAGAUUGUCUUUAGCAACAAAACUUAAUUGCAGCCAAAACCGACGGAGAUUUUAAUAUACAAGUUUAGAUUUCGGAGUCUAGCAAGACUCUUGCAAACUUGGCAUAGAUGAGAUCAGACUUGCAGAUCGAGAUGAGAAUCAUGUAUAAUAAACAACUUAGAAGAAAAAUACACCAUUCUUCAUGAACCCUUUGGACGAAUAUUAUUAAAUCUCUCUUGUAGUUUAGCGAAUCAGCUUGUGUCUGGUUGUUGCUUUUAUGUUAUGUGAAAGAGAAUACAAAUUCAUGGCUUGGAAGUUGGAAUUUAGCAUCAGAUUCUGCCUUUUCAUUUGUUGGAUUGAAGAUGGAAGUUGAGUUCAGAGGAAAGGAAGCGAUAAAUAAAAGUUAUCAGCUUUUGCCGUCUCCAAUUAGGCAAGUGUCUUGACUGAAAAUUUUCACUUAUCUAUUAUCCAUGCAGGCUGCGCCUUUAGGUUUAAUUGUAAGACUUUGUUGGCCGUAGCUAGAGAUUCUGCUGCUCUUGUAGGACUAAAUUGCCCUAACUUUACUCCCAAAUUAAUUCACACUUCCAAUAAACCCCCCAAGGGGAUUAGAUAGACAGAGAGACAGUCCACCAACCACGCACCAACAAAAUGAUGCGAUCUAUUUCACUUAACUUUUCAAACCUCUCUCCUCGCUUCGGAGCUCCGUUUCGUGGACGACUCUGUCCCUCAAUAGCCGUUGCCGCCGCUCCUAUCAGCGUUCACUCGCACCGAAAUCACUCUCAAAGCUUCCGAAUCUCGGUUCCUCCUGUGUCGUGCAGUGUGCAACAUCAAAAAAUGGCUUCUGAUGAUGGACAUGACCCUCGGAUUGGUCGGAUUUCCUCCGCUAUUCGUGUCAUCCCAGACUUCCCAAAACCUGGGAUUUUAUUUCAAGAUAUAACGACGUUGCUUCUUGAUACAAAGGCUUUCAGGGAUACUAUUGAUCUAUUUGUUGAGAGGUAUAAGGACAAAAACAUAUCCGUUGUUGCAGGGAUUGAAGCGAGGGGUUUUAUAUUUGGACCUCCCAUUGCAUUGGCUAUUGGGGCAAAAUUUGUUCCUAUGAGGAAACCAAAUAAGCUUCCUGGGAAGGUUAUCUCUGAGGAAUAUGCUUUGGAGUAUGGAACAGAUGUAAUGGAGAUGCAUGUUGGUGCUGUAGAAGCAGGUGAAUGUGCUUUGGUUGUAGAUGAUCUUAUUGCAACUGGUGGAACCUUGUGUGCUGCAAUCAGGCUUCUUGAGCGAGUUGGGGUGCAAGUGGUUGAGUGUGCUUGUGUCAUUGAAUUGCCAGAGCUACAGGGCCGGAAACGGUUGGGAGAUAAACCUCUAUUUGUUCUUGUAAGCUAAACUUGAUGUCGGUUUGGGGUAAAAGUGCAUGCUUCUGGGCUAGAUGUUUGGAAAUUAAUGCCCUGCCCUGCUCAGGCCUCUAAGAUAUUUCGUUGAGGGAAUAGGCUUUGUUUCGGAGCAUUGUCAUUGGCCCUUUUUUCUUGUGUUUUAGGUAAGAGGCCGGGGAAUAACUGUGGGGAGACUGAUUCGAAUUUAAGAAUUAAGCAUUUAUUUUUAGUGUUUUGAGAAAUAUAUAUGGUGCUUUCAAGUUGCAAUGGAUGUAGGCAUUUUCUAUUUCAGUUUAA